AUGGAAGAUCGUGUUUUCUCUUCGGUUCACUCCACAGUUUUCAAGGAAUCCGAAUCGUUGGAAGGAAAAUGUGAUAAAAUCGAAGGAUACGAUUUCAAUCAAGGAGUAAACUACCCAAAGCUUCUUCGAUCCAUGCUCACCACCGGAUUUCAAGCCUCGAAUCUCGGCGAAGCUAUUGAUGUCGUUAAUCAAAUGCUAGAUUGGAGACUGGCUGAUGAAACUGUAGUAGCUGAAGACUGUAGCGAAGAGGAGAAGAACCCGUCGUAUAGAGAGUCUGUGAGGUGUAAAAUCUUUCUGGGUUUCACUUCGAAUCUUGUUUCAUCUGGUGUUAGAGAUACAAUUCGAUAUCUUGUUCAGCAUCAUAUGGUUGAUGUUAUUGUCACGACAACUGGUGGUGUUGAGGAAGAUCUCAUCAAAUGUCUUGCACCUACAUAUAAAGGUGAUUUCUCUCUACCUGGAGCUUAUCUGCGCUCAAAGGGGUUGAAUAGAAUCGGGAACUUGUUGGUUCCAAAUGAUAACUACUGCAAGUUUGAGGAUUGGAUCAUUCCCAUUUUCGACGAGAUGUUGAAAGAACAGAAAGAAGAGAAUGUGUUGUGGACACCUUCUAAACUGUUAUCACGGUUGGGAAAAGAAAUCAACAACGAAAGUUCAUAUCUUUAUUGGGCUUACAAGAUGAAUAUUCCAGUAUUCUGCCCGGGGUUAACAGAUGGCUCUCUCGGCGAUAUGCUGUACUUCCACUCCUUUCGUACCUCUGGCCUCAUCAUCGAUGUGGUGCAAGAUAUUAGAGCUAUGAACAGCGAAGCUGUCCAUGCAACUCCAAGAAAGACAGGGAUGAUAAUCCUUGGAGGGGGCUUGCCAAAGCACCACAUAUGUAAUGCCAACAUGAUGCGUAACGGUGCGGAUUAUGCUGUAUUCAUAAACACUGGACAAGAAUUUGAUGGGAGCGACUCGGGUGCGCGCCCUGAUGAAGCAGUGUCUUGGGGUAAAAUAAGGGGAUCUGCUAAAACCGUCAAGGUAUAUUGUGAUGCUACCAUAGCCUUCCCUUUGUUGGUUGCGGAAACAUUUGCCUCAAAGAGAGACCAAACCUGUGAGCCUAAGAUCUAA